AUGGUCACGAAAAGCAAGGGAAAAGCAGAUGACACAUCCCCCACCGAUUCGAACCUACCUAAUGACAUGUGGCAGUUGCAUGUAGACGGAGCAUCAAAUCACAAAGGAGCGGGAGCAGGAGACGUCAUAAUCACCCUAGAUGAAACUUUGUUGGAACAAGCUAUCACACUAGGCUUUUCUGCUUCAAACAAUGAGGCAGAAUAUGAGGCAUUGCUUGCAGGAUUGCACCUAGCGAAAGAACUGUCGAUCAAGAGAUUGGCCAUCUACUCGGAUUCCCAGCUGAUCACAAAUCAAGCCUCAGGAGAGUACAUGGCAAAACAUCCAAGAAUGGUCCAGUACCUCGACAAAGUCCAAGGACUUUUGAAAGAAUUCCCUACUUUUACCAUCCAACAAGUUCCACGGACAGAGAACACUCAUGCAGAUGCAUUGGCGAGUUCAUUUUCUUACCCGGAAGGAAUUUGGGAAUUCCGGAUGUACCGUUGCGUAGAGCACGGCGAGAUGAGUCCGUAG